AUGACCAACGGAAUCUACAAGGUUGAAACAGAAGAUGGUUCUGUCCACACGCUCACGAAGAAAGCGGCUCGCCGAUCCGGUCUAAUGCGACAAUUCAUGGAUAUUUACGAACUAGACUCGGAUCAUGACUCGGAUGCAGCUAUGGAACCAAUGAUUCUACCGAUGAUUGAAGCAAAUACUAUUACUUGGAUCAUCUUUUACCUGGAAAUAAAGAAAAAUUGUCCUGCUUACGACGAACAACGCUCUUCGAAGAACAAAGAAGAGCUGUCUCGGGAAAUCGAAUGGGAGAAUCGAACUCUUGCAAUUUCAAACGCAAUUUUAUUUCGGAUUUUUAAUGCUUCCAACUACCUUGACAUACCCGAUCUCUACGACUGGUGCGUACAAAAAGUCGCAGACAAGGGAAAGGGCAAAAGUGUCGAGGAAAUGCGCAAAGUUUACGGCGUCAAACAACCACCCGAUGAAGAGCAGGCACGACUCAGUAUGCAAAAUCCGCUCGCCGCAAUACUGGAGUAUCGACACAAGAAAGCACAAGAACGUCGUUUGUCAUCAACUUGUGAGUCAACUUCCUCCUCCUCUGAAGCGGAA